CUUGUGAAACGCAGAUCCGAGCGACCGUGAACCUUCAACGACUGAGCAUAACCGACCAUGCCGAUGCUGAUAUUUUCUUCGCGUUAAAUAUGAAUAGCCUAAAGCUUUCGAAUAGACUUGGUGAGCCGAACUUACUUGUUCCUGUGAUCUAGGAGUCCAUUAGAUUUCACUAUUCGACAUACUAAGCCACCAAUCUACACAUUCUUAACUGCCCGCAAGUCAGACUUCAUCGGUUUGUGACAGCAUGUCUACCAACGCGACGAGCCUCUCAGCAGAAGAGAUUAUUCGCCAUCCUGCAUUCAAUACGACGCAAUGGGAUCUUGAGCCAAGGCUAUCGGGCUUCGCUACGGUCGCCGAGUCUCGUCCAGGGGGCCCAUUCCCUAUGUGGUACGAAGUUCACGGUCGCGGACCGAAGAAGAUUGUCUGGAUCAUGGGCCUCGGUGGUAGCCGGAACCUGUGGAAGCGCCAGAAUCGACACUUCGGGCACCAGCGUGGCGAGGAGUACAGCUCUCUCGUCUUCGAUAAUCGUGGGGUCAGCAAGUCGGCCAAGCCGAAUUGCAGAUAUAACACGUUGGACAUGGCAAAGGAUCUGGUCGAAUUGCUGAGGCAUAUUGGCUGGCUCGACACCGAUUCUCAGUACUAUCCUCGAGACCUCAAUAUUGCCGGCAUCAGCUUAGGCGGCAUGAUUGCGCAAGAGCUUGCCCUUCUGAUACCUCAACGAUUGCAAUCGCUGAUCCUCAUCUCUACGGCUCCUCGCCUAAUUCGAACCGUCCAUACGUUCGAGCAUAUGAAACAGCGAGUAGCGAUGUUUCUCCCUACAGCAGUUGAUAUAGAGCUCAAGAACAAGGCCAGUAGGCUGUUCACCAGAAGUUAUCUCAAUGCGCCGGACACUGGAUCCUUGGACCCAGAGAAAACGUUUCCCACCAAUCUCGAUCGCUUCGUGGCAGAGGAGCUCGCAGAACGUACCGAAGACACUGACUUUUCUCGGAGGAAAGGCGUCAUGUUGCAGGCUAUUGCCGCUGGAUGGCAUCACAAGAGCGAUGCAGAUCUCGCCAGAAUGGGGGACGAAGUAGGCAGAAGCCGAAUAUUGGUGAUGCACGGAACUUUUGAUGAGACCAUUACAUUUCCGCACUUCGAGUUGAUUAAGGCUGCCCUGGGAGAUGGGCCGGAAUAUAUUGCGUGGAAAGACUGUGGCCAUGUACCAUUGUGGGAGAGAGAGGAGGAAUUCAAUGAGACUGUGAGACUCUUCAUUGACAAGACAAUCACAGUCUCGGCCAGUCUCUAGUUUUGCAAGCCCAAGUCUAUCGUAUCUCAGUGCAAUCCCACAUGGUCGUCCAAGUUUAUCCGUCCCAUUGGAG